AUGGAAUGGCCAUGUCUCCUUAGCACAACCCCUCGAGCCAUUCUUCAAUCUUUCUCCCAAAACACAACCCUAGAUUACAAGUCCCCCACCGCCACAGGGCUCAGCGCCGCCGUUCGUUGCUCUCAAGCACCACCGUAUUUUCGUCCGACCGUCCGUGCUUCUCCCUCAUUCGAAAAUCGGUGCGUCUUCCUUGAGCUCGCCGUCAUUCGCUGCCUCGCUGGUCUUUCUCAAACCCUAGCCUCCAUCACUCUCCUCUUCAAGCUGUGUCACCGCCGCCGUCGAAUCUGGUUCAACCGUCGUCCCUGCUGUUUCAGCGUCGUCGCAGCUCGUUUCUGCCGUCGCGUCGCAUAUGCUCCACUCUCCUCUGCCGUCGCGUCGCGCUGCGAAGGGGAAAGAAGGGGUGGAGGUCGCGGGAGGGUGUGGCUGGUUUAUCUGCUUCACUCCUAACAUCUGUGCUACCAACAACAUUGGAAGAUCUUCUUGCUCUUGGCAUUUGUUCUGCUGGCGGUAUAAAGGUUCGCCGUCGACUAUAAGGCUAGGGUACUGCCAUUAGUGCAACCUGCAUUCCCGAAUUGUGGUGUUUGUGAUGGCGGCGACAACAACCGAAAACGUAUUGAAAGAAACGGUGCAGCGAUAUGAAGAAGACGCAAGCGACGAUAAGAGCUUCGAGGAGCUCGGUGUGGACGCUCGUCUCAUUCGUGCCUUGCUCAAGAAAGGAAUCGACAAGCCCACACCAAUUCAGAGAGUCGCUAUUCCACUCAUUCUGGAAGGUAAGGAUGUGGUUGCUCGUGCGAAGACAGGUUCUGGGAAGACGUUUGCUUACCUUCUCCCCAUGCUACAGAAACUAUUCGCUAAUGUUGAUCGCAAGAAGCAGGCACCCAAUGCUUUUGUUCUUGUUCCGACUCGCGAGCUGUGUCAACAGGUCUACGCAGAGGUUGUGUCACUCAUUGAGUUAUGCCGAGUUCAACUGAAAGUCGCCCAAUUGAAUAGCAAUAUGCAAGCUUCUGAUCUGCGUGCAGCUCUGACUGGACCUCCUGAUAUUUUGAUAUCCACACCUGCUUGCCUAGCAAAGUGCUUGUUUGAUGGUGUACUUCAACCAGCUUCCAUUAAUGCUACGCUUGAAACUCUAAUUCUUGAUGAGGCAGAUCUUCUGUUAUCAUAUGGAUAUGAAAAUGAUAUAAAAUCUUUUACGCCUCAUUUACCCAGAAGUUGCCAGUGUCUUCUUAUGUCCGCAACAUCAAGUACUGAUGUUGACAAACUAAAGAAGUUGAUUCUACACAAUCCAUUCAUUUUGACUUUGCCUGAAGUGGGAAAUAAUAAGGAUGACGUCAUCCCAAAAAAUGUUCAGCAGUUCUGGAUCUCGUGCCCUGCCAAUGAUAAAUUGCUCUACACCCUUGCUGUUUUGAAGUUGGAGUUAGUGCAAAAAAAAGUUCUGAUAUUCACUAAUGACAUAGACAUGAGUUUCAGAUUGAAAUUGUUCCUAGAAAAGUUUGGGAUUAAGUCUGCUGUUUUAAAUGCUGAGUUGCCACAGAAUUCCCGACUCCAUAUUAUUGAGGAGUUCAAUGCUGGUCUGUUUGAUUAUCUUAUUGCAACUGAUGUCAGUCAGUCGAAGGAGAAGGAUGAAGCACCUAAAGAAGGCAAAGGAUCACGAAAGUCUAGGAAACAUAAACUUAAACUCGAUUCUGAAUUUGGAGUAGUAAGGGGAAUUGAUUUCAAAAAUGUAUUCACGGUUAUAAACUUUGAUAUGCCUCGAAGUGUUGCAGGAUAUGUACAUCGAAUUGGACGUACAGGAAGAGCAUAUAGUUCUGGUGCUUCUAUUUCUCUGGUGAGCUUAUCCGACAAAUAAAGCCUGCUUUUUUCCAGUUUCAACAGAUGAGAUGGAAACAUUGGAAGAAGUAAAAGCUUUUGUUGGUGAUGAUGAAAACAAGGGCUCAAACACAAUUGUGGAGUUUCCUUUCCUCACCAAGAAUGCAGUUGAAUCUUUGCGGUAUAGGGCUGAG